AAUUUCACAGUAAUUCUAGCUCGAAGUCAAGUAGAUGCCGCCAUGACGUAGACCAUAAACAUUCACACUCACUCUCAGUCUCCUUUUCUUUAUUUUCGGUGUACCUACGCUCAGACACUUUGCCCUAUUUGAUUGAGCAGCCAGGAUCAUUGAGGUCGUUUCAAUUCCUGUCAAGCCUAAAAGCGUGUACCAGUGUAUCCAUCCUUCAUUAUCAUCUCUAAAAUGUCUGCUGCUAAAGCUGCAGCCAAACGGCUGGUCGUCUGCGGAGGCAACGGCUUUCUCGGAUCAAGAAUUUGCAAAUACGGUGUCACAAGAGGUUGGGAUGUUAUUUCAAUAAGCCGCUCAGGUGAACCGCACUGGGCAUCGGUGGGACCAACGGCAUCCCCGCCUCCGUGGGCUCACCAGGUCAGCUGGGAGCGGGCCGACAUCUUUCAGCCAGAGGCCUGGGCUCCCCUGGUGAAGGGAGCCGACUACGUCGUGCACAGCAUGGGCAUCCUGCUCGAGGCCGACUACAAGGGCGCCAUAUCCGGGAGGGAGAACCCCGUCCAGGGGCUGAAGAAGGCCUUUGCGGCGAAACCCCCCUCGGAUCCCCGCCAGCUGACCUACGAGAUGAUGAACCGCGACAGCGCCAUCACGCUUGCCAGGGAAGCCUCCAAGGCGAACGUCGGUGCCUUUGCUUACAUCUCGGCGGCCGGGAACGCCCCCGUGCUCCCGGCCAGGUACCUCAGCACCAAGCGCGAGGCGGAAAGCACCAUAGCCAGCGAGUUCCCCAGGAUGCGCAGCGUCUUCAUCCGGGCGCCAUUUUUGUACGACACUUCCAGGCUUUUCACGGUCCCCAUGGCGGCGCUUACGGGUCUCGGUACAUUGUUCAACCGGACCACCGGUGGGGUCUUUGGGAACUUUCUGGGUGCAGCAGCCAUCAAGCCGCUCAAGGCAGAGGAUGUGGCCGCCGCAGUGAUUGAAGCUUUGAGCGAGGAGGAUGUCCGGGGCCCAAUCGAGGUGGCCGAAAUCGAGGAGCUGGCCAAUAAAGGCUGGAGGAAAGGCAUGCUGUGAAGUAACACAUUCAGGUGGACCUUGAAGCAGAGUUGGGCCAUGUUGUACACCAUGUAUUAUUAGAUACCCGUCUAAUCUCUUGCCGGCCAAUGAGCCUGCUUUACGCCAUAAUUCCAGUCAUCCAAUACGCCAUCCCAACCUGUCGCCAUGAGGUAAUAGUAAAAUAUUUCUGGGAAGAAAGAACAAAAAAGGAAGGAAACGAAGCUCCAUAGGCUC